CCCCGCUGUCAGUCUUCCCAAACUGGGCUCUUAUUUUCUGUCCCACCGGAGACAGGAGCGAUUCAGCUUUACAUUACUGAAAGAACACAUUCAAACUGUGAAACAAUGCCUUCUGAUUGACAUCAACAGCAGUAACUGUCCAUCAUGAACAGCGAGGAAGAGUUCUAUGAUGCUGAGACAGGUUUAGAAUCAGACGACUCAUGUGAAGUCAGCUUUAAAGAUGCCUGUGUCUAUGAGAGCAAGCAGACAGUGAAUGGCAAAGUGCCGUCUGAAAAUGGAGUAUGGGAGAGGCGAACUACUCUGCCAGCGCCCAUGUUCUCCAGAAAUGACUUUAGUGUAUGGGGCUUCCUGAAGAAAUGCAUUGGAAUGGAGCUGUCCAAGAUAACAAUGCCUAUUGUUUUCAACGAACCGCUGAGCUUCUUGCAGAGGAUUACAGAGUACAUGGAACAUACAUACCUCAUCCAUAAAGCUUGUACACUUUCUGACUCUAUAGAGCGUAUGCAGCUUGUUGCCGCAUUCGCCGUUUCUGCUGUUGCAUCGCAAUGGGACAGAACUGGAAAACCUUUUAACCCUUUAUUAGGAGAGACUUUUGAACUCACACGGGAUGAAGAGGGUUACCACAUGAUCUCAGAACAAGUGAGCCACCAUCCACCAAUCAGCGCCUUCUACUCAGAGUCACUCAAUCAGGACUUCUCGUUUCACGGCUCCAUCUACCCUAAACUAAAAUUAUGGGGGAAGAGUGUGGAGGCAGAGCCUAAAGGCACCAUGACACUUGAGCUCUCCAAGCACAGAGAAGCUUACACAUGGACGAACCCUAUGUGCUGUGUGCAUAACGUUAUUCUAGGUAAACUGUGGAUUGAGCAGUAUGGGACAGUGGAGAUUGUCAACCACAGCACUGGGGACAAGUGUGUGCUGAAUUUUAAGCCAUGCGGCAUGUUUGGCAAAGAGCUGCAUAGGGUAGAGGGACAUAUCCAGGACAAGAGUAAAAAGAAGCAUCAGGUUAUCUAUGGGAAGUGGACUGAGUGUGUAUAUAGCAUUGAACCAAAAGUCUAUGAAGUCAACAAGAAAGCAGAGAAGAAAAGCGGAGGAGAUUCCAAGAAGCACAAGCAGGAGCAGAGUACAGGGGGUGAUGAUGCAGAUGAAAUGCCAGAUGUCCAGGAAACAGUUACUAUGAUCCCAGGCAGUACGCUGCUAUGGAGAGUAGCCCCUCGACCGCCACACUCGACACAGAUGUAUAACUUUACUAACUUUGCCAUGACGCUUAAUGAGCUGGAGCCUGGCAUGAUUGGAGUCAUAGCACCAACAGACUGUCGUUUGCGUCCUGACAUCAGAGCUAUGGAGAAUGGGGAUAUCGAUACUGCAAGUCAAGAGAAGGAGAGAUUGGAAGAGAAGCAGAGAGUUGCCAGAAGAGAGCGUGCUAAAGACGAGGAAGAAUGGUCUACGAGAUGGUUCCAGCAAGGCAAUAAUCGGUACACUGGAGCUGCAGACUGGAUCUACAAGGGAGGUUACUUUGACAGGAGGUACUCUGACCUUCCAGACAUCUACUGAUUCGGUUGGGAAGACUGAAAGAGUCUUGUGAUUCAUCCUUUGCUUCACCCAAUCCAUAUCAUCUCCUCUCCUUAAACUCUUUUCAUUUUGUUCAUCGGAAUGUGAGAUUCAUGUGAACAGUUUUUGGACAAAGCCUCUCCACGAGUUCCACUCUUUACUAGAAUCUGAAAAUUUAGUGUGAAUGGAUUUAUUUAUUUUGAGAGGUAGGGAAUGCCUUAAUCAUUCACUGUUUUCUUUUUCAUGUAUGUUAGGUUAUAAGUUAAACAUUCUGUGCAAACCUCAGUAUGUUUAGAAAUGGCUAGUUUAUGUACAGUAUGUGCUAACCUACCUUUCCAUGCGUCUCGCUAGUUACACUCAGGUGUUCAGUUUAUGGGUACAAGUGGUUAGUGAUGGCAUCACUGCGAUGCCAUCUGUGAUUUUUUUAUUUUUUUUGUCAUUGUUGAAAUGUGAGGCUGCUCAGAACCUAUUAGGAGAGCAUAAUUUUGUGUUUUUGUUCAAACUAAUGCUAUUUUAUCAUCUCUAUUAUUUGCUUUUUUCCUUAUCUCAGAAAUAUGACCUCUGUUUGUGGUAUGUAUGAUGUGCAGGAACUUCACAGUUAAAGAUUCUGCCUGAUUUUGAGUACCUGAGAAUGAAAAGGAGUUUAUUUAAAUUUUUUUUCGAAUUAUCCCACCUUAGUUCAGAAAUUAUUGUUAUGUCUCACUGAUAUGGCUCUUGGGCCAUUUUUCACCAUCUCCGUUGGACAGGGGAGUUUUCUAAAACUAGUAUUCUCAUUCCUCACACGUGGAGUUUUUUUUAUUGUUAAAAAGCUCUUAUAACAAAAAUCCUAUUACAUCCUAGCAUUGAUGUUUUGAGUGUUUAUGGUUGCCAAAGUGACUGCUCUUGUAGAAAUUAAAGCCAAAUAACUCGUCAGGACUGCAGUGUUGAGUGAUACAAAUGAAAUGGAGGUGGGUGCUAAUCUUUCUUUUAUUUCAGCACUUAAUGGCUCACGAAUGUCAAGGUGCUUCACCUUAGCCCACAUAAAUUCACGUGCUUUUUGCCAUACAGCAAAUUUCAUUCUGCAAGGACUAAUUUUUUUUUCCAGACAUACAAAUCAUAGACGUGAUGACCUCAGAGGAUCAUGAAAGACAUCACUGUCUUUUAUUUCGAAACUUUAAACAAUACUGUGAUUUUAACACUCACAAAUCUCAGAAGCUAUGCAAACAUUGAUGGGAAUGUCUGUCUAUGAAUUGUACAAUUUAAUGUGUCAAUAAGCUCCACUGUUUAUGUAAAAUACUUUGGUUGGCCUAGCGCAAAGGUGUCAAGCAUGCUAGUACUUUUGCUGAUGGUUUUACACAUUAUUACUGGCUGUUUUGCACAGCCUAAAGUUGGUUAGGUGGAGACACAGGUAUAUGUAGCUGCAGUGAUUAAUAACACUGUUAUCUAAUUAUUAGAAAUGUUUAUCAUUCACACUUAAUGGGAGUUCAUCAUCUGUUGUGUAGCACAAGAAUAUUUGUCUUUAAUAUGUUUCAUGUAGUGCGUACAGUUCCAAAAGCCAAGCUUCGGGCCAUGACAAAGAAUUAACUACAAUUUAUUUCCCUCUGUAUUUUAUACACUAUAUUGUGGCAUGUCUAAACAUACAUUAUUUAAUCUCACUAUCAAUGCUUACUAGCAGUUAGAAAUAUCAGUAUAUUAUUCCACCAGCUGCUAACGUAAUGUCUUUUAAAGCCCUUGAAAUCAUGAGACAUUAAAAAAUGACUUAUCCAAAUUGUCUCAUUAUUUUGUGCUGUGCUUAUCAGCUAUUCCUAUAGCAAUCACAUCAAGUUAAUAUACAAGUAAACCUGGUCACAUUGAUUGCAACUAUGUAAAGCAAUCAUACACUCAGAAUUUUCAAGUCAUUCUGUCUGUGUUAUUAUUAAGCUGUUGAUAUUGGUCGUGACACUAAGGAUUAAUUGUUUCUGUUGUGAAACUCACUAUUUCACAGAUAGAAGCCCAAAUUAUACCUCUGUGGUGCUAUGACGGCUUUACAUAAUUGUACAUGAAGUACUGUGACUUUAUACUAUAUUUGUAUAGAUCACGUGAAAUGCACUUAAACUGUCUUAUGAAUCUGCUAAUUUGUAAACUUGCGAUAUUAAUGAUAUAUGUGAGACCUCACUAAGAAACUUCAGUUUGCUCUUUUGUGUCUGAAGGGAAUUGACAAGCAUCAGUUCGAGAUUUCUGACAAAACAUUUGGGAGAAGCUUCAGCUUCAGGCAUGUGUUUGAUGGUGGGAACGUUUGU